GAAAGUUGUAGAAGGUAUGCCCAAACUCCCCUCCUCUACCCCUUAUUUCCGCUGUCCGUUCUGCGAAAAGAGCAAGAUGACCAAAUAUCAUGGCACUCGUAGAAAAGAACCAAAAGAACGAUUCAUCCCAGGCCAAUCCUUCCACAUGGAUCUUUCCUUUGUCAGUGGCCCCCCGAACAUCACUGCUAUCCUAAAAUCCAAUGCCAAGCCACUCCCGACACUCAAGAAAAGCCGUCAGGGUUUCAUCGGCUUCCUCACGAUAAUUGAUGCAGCCACACGGGCUCUGUGGACUAUACCAAUCAAGUCCAAGGAGCCACCAGUUGCUAUCAUCGACACAUUCCUCAAGAAACAUGGCAUUCGAAAAACAGACCCUCGUAAGGCCGUCACAACAACAAGAKGGGGAUACCUCACAAGAUCACGCUCCUUUGCCAACACCUUACAAAACAACACCUACCCAGUCACACCACAACCUGAGGACUACUUCCUGGAUCUUCUCCCAGACCACCUUGACUGCACCAUCAUGACGGACGGAGGUGGAGAACUUUCCAACUCCUCUAAAUUCACCAACACCGCACACAAGCAUGGAUACGACGUCCUCAGGACUGCGGCAGAUGCCUCAUCCCAAAACGGACUAGCGGAACGGCCACACAGGACCCUGAAGGAACGCAUACGUUGCUUGCUGUAUGCCGAUGGCCUUGGUACUGAAUACUGGACCAAUGCACUUCUCCAUGCCACCUGGCUGUACAACAGGACAUACCACAGUGCGAUAGGCACCACUCCCCUUCAACAAUAUACCGGACGAAUUCCCCUUGUGGACAACCUUAUCACUUUCGGUGCGAAAAUCACUGCAAAGCGUCCUGGCACACGCCCUACCACAACCCAACCGUGGGCAUAUGAUGGUAUAUUCCUUGGCUAUGGCAAAACCACUGAUAACAUCAAAUACCAUGAUAUACACACGGGUACAGACAAGAUUGCAAGACAUGACUCUAAAGAUGACCUUCAAUAUGGAGAUGAACCAUCCAAUAGAUCCCCUGCUAGUGCUCACCUCCUUGAAACAUUCACUGAAGGCAAAAGCAACGAUCACACGACUAACCGUGGUCCGGAGCCAGUCAAACUGGAUAUAAAAGACCCCCGACAGCUUAAUCCGCAGACACUGGUAAAUGAAAUAAUCAAUGACUCUCCUACGAGUUAUGCAGCGGCCGCCGCAGCAAAGAUUACCGCUCAAAUACACCGAACAAAAUUUGAACGGCCCGAUAUUGCUGCCCUGAUCCCUGAACUCGAGUCCCUGGACAUCUCCACUAAUAUGUUUCUCAAAGAAACAACACACACGCUUCCCCUUCAAAACCCUAGCAGCAUUCACCCCACCAUGGGAUUCAUUGUUGAAUCUCACCCUGAUAUCUCACAGGCAAUGGAACUCAUUGCUAUUCAGGUUGGAUCCAUAGCACACUCACGAAUACGGUCAUGGAAACGACGUCUCCGUGGCACAAUACUCACAAAAGUGGAUGAACGACUUAUAACAACAAGACAGGACAUCGUGAAUGCUGUCAAUCAAGCCAAAAAUUUGCAUAAGAAAACCAUUACAUUUACAUUCGGAUCCCUUGUGGGCUUUGCAAUGAAUGGAGAGGGUGUCCCAACACUUCAAGCUGAUCAGCUUAAUGUGAUUGCACACCAUCUACAUGCAAUUAACUACAAUCAAGAUCUUUGGCAGAACAAAUCUGACUGGCCCUCCCCAAUCGACUCUCCAGAGGUCCUCCACGAUCAAAUGCAAAUUGCUAAGCUCACACAAACAAAACUUCAAUCCACGGACAAAUGGAAUGGAUUCCUUCGUUCUGAAUGGAAACAACUCAACCGAUACCAUAAAGUAGGCAUGUUUGGUGAUCCAGUUAAAGAAACACCAGAUAUGACAGUUCUCCCCUGGGUCUGGACAUAUCUUGAGAAAGAAAACCCCCUCACAGGCAUUGAUGAACCCAAAUCCCGGGGCACAUGCAACGGAGGCAAGAGAUAUGGGAAAGCGGUUACCCUAGCUGAAACCUACGCAUCCUGCGUAGAACAGCCCAUUCACAGACUCACAUGGGCCAUAGCCGCAGCCCUCAACCUCAUCUGUGUUGGCUACGAUGUGGGUAAUGCUUUUGCGGAAGCUCCUCCUCCAAAGAGCCCAUUCUAUAUGCGUGUAGAUGCUCCAUUCCAACAAUGGUGGACUGAAUGUCUCAACAGGGAUCCUAUCGAAGUCGACCAAGUUAUCCCUAUUAUGAAAGCUCUCCAAGGCCACCCAGAGGCCCCCAGACUGUGGGAUAAAUAUAUCUCAAAACUCUUAAUCACACAGCUGGGAUUUAAACCAACAACACACAAACCAUGCCUCUAUUAUAAACAUGACCCAACAGAUGGCCUUAUUCUAAUCCUUCGCCAAGUGGAUGACUUCCUCAUUGCCAACACGAAUGCAUCAGUAUGCGAUAAGAUCAGAGACCUCAUCCAAGCCCGCAUGACAAACCCCCUCAAUAUCCUUGGUACCAUUCGGAAAUUCAAUGGCAUUCAUGUCAACCAGACACGACAAUACAACCAUCUUCACUGCUCACGAUACAUUGAAAAGAUAUGCGAGCACCACGAAUGGACCGUCGGCCGCACUCGGAAACGGCCAACACCAAUGAAAGAGGCCUCUAUAUACCAAAAACAGAUCCAACUUGCACGUGGCCCAACAGACCCCCUUGAAGCCAUCCGUUUAGAACAGUCGAUGGGCUUCAGUUAUAGACAGUGUAUUGGAGAACUCAUAUAUGCCCUAACCAUAUGCUGUAUUGAUAUCUCUAUUGCAGUGAUCACCUUAAGCCAACACUCACACAAUCCAGCUAAGAUUCACUAUAAUGCAAUCCGCACUCUUUUCCAAUAUCUCUUAGCCACCAAAACAGAGGGGCUCACCUACUGGUGACCACGCCAAUGAAUGGACCUCCCAGAUACUCCACACCCCAAUCCGCCAGUCACCAACCCAGAUACAUUAGCUAAAUUCCGGACUACCACACUCCCCCUGCAAGUUACAGGCGCCUGCGAUACAACCUGGGCCUCAGACAGACUGGAAAGACGAUCUAUGGGAGGAAUCAUUAUGAUGCUAGCUGGAGCUGCAGUAUACUACAGAACACGCCUACAACCCACCAUUGCCCAAAGCUCCACAGAAGCUGAAUUCACUAACAUGGCCGAUGCUGGCAAGGCAGCUCUAUAUCUCAGAUGGAUACUGGAAGAACUACUCAUUAACCAACCCCUCCCCACACCAAUACUGGCCGAUAACCACGGUGCAAUUAGGAUGGCCAAUGCACAACAACCAACUCACCGCACAAGACACGUAGAAAUGAAGCACUUUGUUAUAUUACAAUGGACUGAUGAUGAAUUCAUAGAUUUCAUCAAAUGCAAAUCCGAUGAAAACUACAGCGACUCACUGAGCAAACCCACGGGCAGGACAAAAUUCUAUGAACAUACUGAUAUCUUCAUGGGACGCCUCCGCCCACCGUAUGUCAAUGAUGCGGAAUCUUCGUUACUCACCACACAACAAUCAUCUUUUGCUACCGAUAACACACACUUCACACCACACAAAGUACACAAAACAUCAUGCGCCACCAGUACUGCAGACCAGGUGCCCCGCGAAACUUGGACUGCAGCACAGACCCUCUCAAUGMACCAAUCAUUUUGCUCCACUUGCAAUCUAAAUCCUCUCAUUGAUCUCCUAGAUAACAGUGACUUUGACUCACUCGAGUCUUUAGAUUCUGCAAGUGCGGGGUGGUGUGAGGAUAAAUACGUGGAACAACCACAAUCACGAGUAGCUAGUGAAUAACCUCACUCUUUAUUGUAAACACCCGUUUAUUGUACAAUAAGGAGCAUUCAAUCAUUUCACAACACUAAGGAGCCUAUCAACAUUUCACAGGUUAUGAAAGCGAACAAAAUGGGCACCAAUUCUAUGAUACAGUACGUACGUUGGAACAUCCUGUUUUCUUUCUCCCUCUAAUAGAACCCACAGUAGCUACAUACCUAACGUACCUCAUAAAGGUACUUGUACUUACACUACGGCACACGGCACAGAGGUGACAGUUACGUCAUCAAAACGCCAAUCAUCUCCUCACAGUCUUCAUUUCCCAGCAGUGCUUUUCGAACUUAGAUUCUGUCAAGAGCUUUUUGGCUUUUUGUUCGUCGAAAAUCGAGCCCCAAGGCACAACAACAGCAUUCUCAAUCGCUGUCACCCAGGCAUCAUCCAACCAUUCUGCUCUUCAAAACCUCCCUGAUUGUACCGCUCCUCGCCGCUGUCUUCUUCGCCAUGUCCCUCAACCCAACGCCCGCCGAUGCAGCUGCCAAGCGAGACGCCUUCGCCGCAACGCACACAACAACAACAGGAGAAGCAAAGGAGGGCGACGAUUCGUACGGCGCGUCCCACACGUCUUUUUACACGACGGAAGAAAAAAAAGAUUCGUACUCUACUCUUUCCAAAACUUUGGAAACAAAGUGCAGCGACAAAUUGGUGCGGCAGGUGAUCUUGGAUAUGAUGGGCGUCUGUGCGGAUAUUACAGAUGCGCUCCGUGUGAAUUUGGUGACAGUAGAAGGAAGUGCCAACACGUUUGGAGAUUCUCAAUUGAGCGUUGAUGUACGUAAAAAAAACUAAAAUGUAAUGCAAUGCAUUUUUCUUGGUGAAGGUGCUGGUUUGGCUGAAACAUUGCGUUGGUGGUGCGAAGAAGAGACAUGCUUUCAGAACCAACGAUCUUCAGACGUUGUUACAAAACUUUUAUUGCCAAAGACGACAGGACACGACACGAUACGACCAAUUCUAACACUUUCCAAUUUCCCAAAUAUGUUUAAUUGUUUCUCACGAAUUAUUUUGUCGUGAAAUAUUGGAUAUGGCACACAAUUCUGUAUCUUCUAAUUCCGAACGGCCCGGCAGGUUAUAUCGGACAAGCUGAUGUGGGAUGCCUGCAAGAAAUCGUCUGUCAUCAGGGAAGGGGCGUCGGAGGAGGAUCCCAUCGUCCACAACGUCGAUAUUGAGGGCGAGAGUGGGGGGGAGUUUACGGUGUGCUGGGAUCCGCUGGACGGAUCUUCGAUCAUCGACAACAAUUGGGCGGUCGGAACGAUGAUAGGGAUCUGGCCAAAGAAAACCGGACUGAUCGGAGCCACCGGGCGGGACCAGGUUACCUCAUUGAUUGCUCUGUACGGUCCCCGAACGACCGUGCUGGUGGCACUGGACGAUGGCGUAUACGAGUUUACCUACGGCGCUGACGUCCCCGAUGAGGCCACCACCGAUGGAGGAGACCCGACCUGGAUCUGCACCCGAUCGCGGAUUCGGCUGAAGGACGACUCGAAAAUUUUUUCGCCUGCAAACCUCCGGAGCGCCCAGGACCUACCGGGAUACGCCAGGCUUGUCAAUCACUUCAUGACAAACCGCUAUACCCUCCGGUACACGGGUGGGCUCGUCCCCGACGUCUAUCAGCAAUUCACCAAGAACAUGGGGGUCUUUUGCAACCCCACGUCGGAAAAAAGCCCCGCCAAGCUUCGGCUGGCCUUCGAAGCAGCUCCGUUCGGACUGAUUGUCGAAAAGGCGGGGGGACUAACGUCAGACGGCGUCACCGGUGGUUCCAUCCUGGACGUAAAGAUCACCGCCGUGGACCAGCGAACCGCCCUCUGUUGCGGAUCGAAGAACGAAGUAUUGAGGUGAGUGAAUUUUUUGCUGUUGCGCAUGGGUUUUGGUUUGACUGGACGUCGUUUCUUCUGCCAAAAUCGUUUUGGGAUUGUGUUUGCCGCCCACUGACUCAGAACUUUUACAUCGUCGGCUACUGUACUUGUACAAUGCGUAUUUCGUACAAUGUGAUUCGAAUCUUUCCUGUGCAUUAUUGAUCGGCUUGGGCUGAAUCAGGUUUAACGAGUUCCUGGAGCUAUCAAAAUAGGUUAAGAGCAUAUACGAUAGCGACAUGAGAAGUUCGACACUCUCAAAGUGUAUUAUGCCAUAAUAUUAGAUUUUGUUCACGGUGCCACGUACUGUAGAAAUAGGAUAUAAUCCAGCUGAUAAUACUUUCGAAUACAAUCAUUAGCAUGUG